AUGACGAAGAGCUCUCAGAUCCCAUGGAGGGCUCGGAAUGAGCAGAACCACUACCGCUUGGUCUCACUUGAGAGCUGCGAAGUGCAAUCCAUUGUAGAAUUCUACGGCCUCAAGGAUCUUCCAGAGCCAUUGCUGGCAGAGUACAACGUGAAGGGGAAGCUCACCCAACUGAAUUUGGUGAAUGAACCUUUGCUGAGAGUUUUGCAGAGCCACUUGAACUGCAAAGGCUCUCCUUUGCUGGUCUCAGUGGGCAUCCCCUUGUUCAAGUUGUUGGACGAGAGCUUUAUGACGAACAUUGAUGUUCCGAGUCGUUGGCGUCCUGCAUUGGAAGGUGCAUGGAUUCUGGCGACCAAAAUGACUAAGAGACUUCUGCGCAUCAGCUUGGACAGGAUGAGGAUGCUUUUGAUGAAGCGGGUUCUACCCAUGCAGACCUUGCUGUCCCUGGGUGCAGAGCUGAAGGGGCUCGCAACCUGCGAAGAUAAGUUGGGCGGCGCGGUUGUUGGAACCAUGGACAGCUCCUUUUGGGUGCCAUGCAUUAUUACAGGUACAGGCUUGGAGCUGUAUGCGAGCCUGGAAGAGGUGGGUGAUCCAAUGCCCAAACUGCUGCCACCGCUGCAGCCACGGGUGAUAACUGAGACCAAGGAGGUGAUUGUUUUGGAUAAGCCGAGUGGGCUCCGGACCGAAGACGCCUUGCGUUCGAUACAGCAAAUCCAUCCUUCAGCCGAACUCGUCUCCAGGCUUGACAAGGACACUAGUGGCUGCCUGUUGGUGCCACUCACUGCCUCAUCUGCCAAAGAGUUCACCCGACAGUUCUCAGAAGCAAAGGUCUCCAAACGCUACCUCGCUGUGGUCCACGGAUCUCCUGCUCUCACUGGUCACAUUGAAGCGCCCUUAGGCUUGGUACAGCAGGGUGGUGGAGCGAAGUACCGAGCCUUCGUGGAAGACACUGGGAAGGCUGCUAGCACUCGCUACGAAAGGAUUUGGACUGCGGGG